GUGUCAUCUUCUGAAAAAUUAAUAGUUGUAUAAAAAAAUUCCGUAGUAGUCUUUCUUGUAGAAACGUACAUAAACAUUUUCCUAUGGAAAGAAUUAUAAAUUGGUGCUACCAUUUUUAAUGUACCUUUUGGCGCCAAUUCUAACCGACAACAAACGAAACAUAUGCAAUGUUUCUGUUGUAAAUUUUGCCUUUCUAUAAAUCGUGCAUUUCGCUUUGUUUAUCAUUACUUGUAAAAUAUAAGUUUGAAGAUGCCGUUUUUGAGCUUAAAUAUUCUGCCAGAACACCUAAAAAGUGAAGACGGCAAUGCAUUCAUAGCAUCUUUACAAGAUCCGAAGCGGUGGACUGGAAUCCCCUUGCUUAACUACACGCCAUUGCAUGAGUUGAAGGAUAUGAGUAUUGUGAGGUUUCGAGGAAUGAUUCAAGACAUGCAAGACCCCGAAAUGUACUUGGAGCGUUAUGAAAUAUUGAAAGAAGAUGAUAAUACGUGUAGACUCCAAGAAGGUAAAUUUCGAGACUGUUUGAUGCUAAUGGAAGGCGAACGGGUAAAUCAUGAUGCUAAGGAAAAUGUUCACGGUGAGCGCCGUACUUUUUUCGUUAUAUCUAUUCCCGGCUUAAAUGAUUGGUGUCAAGAAUAUGAAUCUCAGUGCUCUCUCAACAAUUUUCCAAAAGCAAUGGAUACCGAAAAUGCUGGAGGAAAGAAGCGCUCCGCACCUAUAGAAGAAGAGAAUAUGAAUGUCGAUAUCGAUUCAACUAUCGGACUUUCUGAAAAAUAUGAUGGUAAUAAGCGACAACGUAUAGAGGAAAAACUAAGUGACACAUUUGAUAGUACCGAAGUUGGUCACAGCUCAAAUGCGGUAAUUGGAAUGGAAUAUCAUUUAAAUUCGCCAAUUCCAAGUCGGCCCAGCAAAGCUUGUAUGAUUAAAAUAUACAGCGAUUUUGAAAAGUAUAAAUUGAACACUAUAAUUGAUGUUGUUGGUUUCCUAUCGGUGAAUCCAGCAUUAGAUGCCACAACAAUGGACGUAGAUGCGUUUGACAAUUUAAAUGAGGUUCAAGCGCAAAACCCACCGCCAUCAUUAAUACCGCGACUCCAUGCAAUAGCCAUUCAUUGCUUACCACAUCCCAAUCCUUUGUUGGAUGAGAGACUGUUGUCAAAUUCGGAAAAUUGCAGUGCAAGUCUAGGCGAUUUCAGCAUGUUAUCUGUAGGAAAGGAAUUUCGUAUAUUCUUAAAGCUGUGCCUUUUCAAUGACAAUUUAGCUGCGGAAUAUCUCUUAUCACAUCUGAUAUCUACAGUAUAUUGCAGAGCUGAAUCUCGAUGUUUGGGAAGAUUUCUCUUAAAUAUAUUUAAUAUACCCCAGAAUCGUCUGCCAAAAUAUUCGAAACAAGUUUACGAUCUAUUAGACUUAAUAAUACCAGCCAGCCAUUAUAUUUCAAUGACAGCAGAGACAUUGAAUGAAUCGACAUUUGGACCGAAAAAGGAUUAUGAAACCAACAAGUUGGUCUCAGGAAUGCUACAGCUUGCACCACAAACACACCUCGUAAUAGAUGAGACAUUUACAAAAUCAGAAAGCCUAAACAGCAAUGGUAUUUUAUCUAUGCAAAUUCUUGGACACGUUAUGAAGUAUCAGCAGUUGAAAUGUAAUUUCCAAUACUAUGAAAUUGAUUAUGAAGUGGAUAUUCCAAUACUGUCCUUGAGUGAAAAGAAAAGUAUUUUGCCGUACGAUGCAUUUCUACCAAUCGAGUAUGACGACCAGUCUGUGGAAGUAAUUGAGGAGUCGCUCAAAGCUGCUAGACAUUAUUUGAAUCCAACGCGUUUGAAUCAAUUUCGACGAUUCCUAACUAUGGCAAAACUCACCGAAUUUAAUGUGAAUCCUGCCGAGAGUGAAAUGAUUCAAAAUGAUUUUGUAGAAAUGCGUAAAAACAAAAGCAUUCGCGAUGCCGAAGAAUUACACCAUCUUUUAGUGUUAACUCGGUUUUUUGCUGUUGCACGAGGUAAAAAUGUGCUCGAUAAGGAUACUUGGGAACUAGCCAAGCAAAUGGAGUCAAUUCGUCAGAAAAGAUUUACAAAUUGGCAAGAAAGUCAUUAAAAACAAUUAUAUAUAAAAAUAUAAUUUAAGUUGUAUUGUACGUAUUGUAAUAAAUAACAACUAAACAUACCUAAAAAUGUUUUUUUUUGCAACAUUUGAGUAAAAAAUUGUUUGAAAAAAUUAUAAUAAAUUUUAGUUUUAUUUGUGUUUUAUUAAAAUAUCAAUAUUUGACAAAAAUCAAUAAAUUUCAUCGAGUUGAUCUAGUGUUGCAUAGGGUUGACGAAGUCUCACAUACCUGAAAUUGGAGAGAAACAAAAAUAAAUGUAGCUAAUAUGUUAAAUAACAUGCUAAAAUUGUUUGCAAAAAAAUUUUCAGAAAAGUUAAAUUGCGUUGGAUAAUGGGACAAGUUCUCUUCAUGGAAAAUCGAAGCGAGCUGGGUCAAAGUAUCAUCAUAUGUGCGUUAUAAAGUUAUAACUUAUUAAACAAAUUAUAUUUCAAUCAUGCUUACCUUUUUAAUGAAGUGGCAACGUCAAGUGCUUCUGCAAAUAAAAAAAAAAUGCCGUAAAUUUAUAGGAACAACAAAGUUAUAAUUAAAUUAUUAUUAUAAUAGUGCAUCAGUUUGGAUUUAUUGUCAUUUAUCAGUCAAAUGAUGGGGAAUCCGCAAAUUUCUCAUCAUAAAGGAUACAUGUACUAAGUAUAUAUAAAAUUUUUUCAGAAUACUUACAUUUCCAAUUUAAUCCUUUUACUUUCACCUGCAAAGAAAAUAAAAAUAUUUAAUAUCUUUGCAUUGAAGGCUUCGAAAUAUUAAGAAAACGUUGUUAAUAUGUCAGUAAAUAUGUUUGCGUUGGAUAUUGGGACAGUUCUCUUCAUGGUGUAUCGAAGCGAGCUGGGUCAAAGUUUCAUCAUUUAAUAUUCAUUGGCGACCUCAUAAUUAGAAAUAACUAAAAUUGAACUGGACAAACCAGCAUAUCCGAAUUGUUUACUAUAA